UGAUAGUGUAAGAAAAAGAGCGCUUUCCAUGGAUAUACUUUGUCAUGACCUAUCAGUAUCCAAUGGAACGUGUACUCUUUAAUUUACAUCAGAAGAUGUGCACAUCUGCGAUGCGACGAACGAGUAAUAGAAGCAGGAGUCUGGCCGAGCAUGUUCUUCUCGUGCUCGCGGUCUGUGGCUUUGGAGCGCUUCUUCUGCUGCAUAUAUCGUUUGUGUACAGCGGAACAUCUACCGGUCGCAUCGAUUCCAGCUUUCGAAAUAUUCCGAUAGCUUGCUUACCAAGCGUCCCGGGGUUUGUGAUGAAUGCCGAUAUUUCUCAUGUCAGCCUUAUAGAUGACGGAAAUUCAAGUGCAAGCUCAGGACUCAUGGAUACAAAUUGUUUGGUUGCGCAUAAACACAAUAUGACUGACUCUUGUUCGAAUAGAGAUGCCUCAAGGAAACAAAAAUUGUUUUCAUUCUCGAGGGUGAAGGGUUAUCUCCUUCUCCCGGAUUCUAUUUGUGAGCAGCAUGAUGUUUCGGUACAGCACGUUGCAAUAUCCAAGUCGGAUGUCCAGUGUUUUGGAGAACCUUUUCUGCAAGCUCUCAUAUUUGGCCUCGUAGGGCCUGAUACCGUCAUACUAAAUUGGCUUCUGACUCUUUACGACGGCGAGGGGUUCGUCUACAACCCGAGAACGAAAGUGUUGCAUGAUUUGAGCCAACACGGAAUAAGUUUGAAGUACGACGGGCAUGACUUACCGUACAGCAGUAAAGCCCAAGACGAAAGCCUGAGUAGUGAACGAUCGUCAUUUGUAUCUAUGAUCUGGUAUAAGCAUCUCUUCUUGAAGUUUGCUGUUGUGCUCAAAACGACCUUCCUCUUCUUUAUAACUACAACGUUGGUUUCCUUCACACUCCGAGAAACACAAGAGCGAAUGCUGGACUUCACGCACCAGCUCCAGGCACGGGUACGGUCCCGAAGGCCUGUAGUCAAUCUUGUUACAACCCAUCUCGCAGACAGUCUUGUCUUUUGUCCUGUGAUGGUGGGCAUGAUUUUUUUUCUCAUUGAGUUUUACCGCGCACUUGGGUCCACUGUUUGCUUCAUGGCGCAUUCCAUGCUCUUUUUCUGGCAUCGAUUUGAGUUACCUGCUGUUGCGUUAGGGCACAUUACGGUGGAAAAUCCACGGAUGGGAAUGAUACCAUCAUCGACUGGUAGCGGGUAUCGUGUACAGCCAGCAACGAGCGUUCAAGGCUCUCCGGCUCCACACACAAAUGGGGCUUCUUUGGAUCGGAUUACACGUGCAAAUAACAACGUAACAGCUGGCCCCGCGAUCCAACUUCACCCUCGCCAGUACCAAUUGGUCCGCCAGCACAGUCAUGGGACAUCUGCCAGCAUAGGGCGCAUGUCUCGGCAAGCUUCAUCUACUGCUCUAUUUCAUUCUGGCGAGGACGGCGAUGAAUCUUACAUGUAUUUCAUGGACGGGGAAGUCGUUAUGCACCGCGCACAUACUCCUUCAUCCACCACCGGGUCAGGUGGCUACGGUACGUUCUCGACCACAAGUAGCCCUUGUCAUGAUUGUCCACUGACGCAGCAAAACACCGGCAUACCUGAUCAUGUAUUGGCCGAAGUCGGGGUUGGACCGACUAUGGAAGCUGAUUAUGUGGACAAUGAAGGAGCCUUGCUUGACUUCAAUCAUGGUGAAGAAGAUAUUACCGCAAAUACCAGCGCUUACUGCACAUCAUCACCGGCGCGCUCGGUGAUGCCUCAUCGACAAGACGAUACCGAACCCAGCACCCUGCAACUGAUUCUGGAUGCGACUCCUAGGUCGGACAAUUUGAGUAAUCAUGGCUCCCGACAUGAUACCGACCCAAUGUGUCCGCCCCACUUUAAGCACGACGAAGCUGGCCCCCCUCUUCCGCAUGCCUUGUCAGACGACCGGCUGGCCACACUUGCACCACGGCGGCGAUUAUUAGGCGGUGCGACGCAUCCAAAAAAGGAUUGAAAAAGAUU